AUGCUUCGUCAGUCGUCGCUGUUGUGCUUCUCCACCUUCGCGCUCAAUCCGGAGACGUCGCGAGCGCCGCAUGGACCGCCACGUGGUCUCAUCAACCGGUACAUCUCCAUGGGCCUUCCCCCAUGGGCGGCAUGGUGCAACCGAGUCAACCGACACGCCCUCUACCGCAUGAGCGACGUGUCGCCGCGCUCCUUCCUGCCCAAGGCGCCGCAUGAGAUGGACGUUAUUUGGAUGAACGAGCGGGUUCGGGAGCGGGUGCGGACGUCGCGUCAGGUCCAGCACGUCUACCGCCAGCUCAAGUACCCAUUUGUCAAGACCGGCAUUCACUAUAGCGACACGCUCGACCACUGGGUGCAGGUGCCCAUGGUGGAGGCAGCCAUGUUUGAGAUCGAGAAAGACGGCGGGUUCGACAACUUCAUCUUGAAGCGCUCCGGGCCAGAGCUUCGCUCCACCUAUGGCGAGCGCAUUCGUCGCCACCUGCUGGUUCGCCAGAAGGAGACACAGAAAAAUUUUGUACUUGAUCAGCAAGCCAAGGCGCUCGCUGAGGUGACACAAGCGGAGCUCAUGAAGGCUACCAGUGAGGAAGAGCUCGAUGCGGUGUUGGCCAAGUACGGCAUGGACGCCGAGGAGUUCAAGCGGCUCAUGGCCAAACGAGUCAUGGAGCAACGUAAGUCUGUAGCUGCCGCCGGUUUGCGUAGCAAGUGA